UGCGCGCGCGUAGGAAAUGCUCACUACAUUCCCGUAUGUUGCGUUGUCGCGAGUCUGCGAUUGUACCACAGACCCACGACUAAGAAACCUUCAAAUUUCACCUUUUUAGCAUCGGUGUUGUUUUUUAUAAGGAGCACAAUGAUCUCCGAAAUUCAAGGAUGAAAACGGAUGAACUCCAGAACGCUGGAUUCGUCAUUAACCUUGCGGAUCGACUGUGAAACUCUAAUAGUGGUAUUGUCACCACAGUCUGUAAGGAGUGCAGGCCACCCGAGAACCGGCUCCAAGUCCAACAAUACCGGUAUCACUUGCUGUUGAAAAUGCAGUCAUUCGCCAUGUUCGACUCGGACGAUGGUUCGGAAACCAUCGAAGAGUUACGGGUUGAAAUCAGCCGUUUGAAAGAGGAACUCGCUUUGGCCAGCAGAGAGAAAAUACAGGCUGCUGAAUACGGUUUAGUUGUUCUUGAAGAAAAGCAGGCAAUAAAGCAGCAAUAUGAAGACCUUGAUUUACUCUAUGAAACUUGUAAACAGGAGCUUCAGAUGGCAAAAGAGGCCCUGGAUUCAAAAACUCAAUGGCAGAAGCGUUAUUCAGAGCAAGAAGUUAAUCAUGAACAGAGUCUUCUUGAAGAGAGUGCAACCCGUGAGGCGGAUCUUACUGAGAGGCUGGCAGAGUUGGAGACUGAGGGGCGUCACAUGAGACAGGAGGUGAGCCGACUCCGGGUGGAGAAAGAGAGGCUUCACUCCAGACAUACUGAGAUGAACUCGUCUUUGGAGCAGUUUGAGAAAGAACGCAAGGAAUUGAAAGAAGAACUGCGGGAGAUUAAGUUUAGAGAAAAGCGUCUUCUUCGAGACUACAGUGAGCUAGAAGAGGAGAAUAUUGCUAUGCAGAAACAGAAUUCGUCUCUGAAGUCAUCCCAGAUCGAAUAUGAAUCUUUCAAGCAUGAGAAUAGACGCCUUGCUGAAGAGAUCCAGUACCUGAAUUCCAACAUUGAAGACCUGAUGCGAUUGAGAGACAUCUCAGAGAAGCAGAUUGAAGAGACCAUGCAAGCCUUGGAGUGUGAAAGAGAUCAGAAACAUCAACUAAAGAAGCAACUAGAUCAGGCAAUGAUCUCUGAACUAGAAGCUAUUAAUGUGGAUCUUGAAAAUAAUUCUCAAUUCCAUUACAUGGAAGAGGACUAUGAAGACGAAGAUGGUGUUGGCCAUCCUCUACUCAGGCGAUAUGAACGACAGAUGAGAGAUGACAAUGAAGGGGAACAAACCAAUAUUGGGCAAGAAGCAUCAGAUUUGUUUAGUGAAUUACAAUCUAUGGAGGUGCAGAAGUUAGAAAAGCAGCUUAAACAAGUUGAAAGUGAAAAGAGUGAGUUGUCAAAGCAUUUAGAGAAAUCUAACUCAGAGUUGGAGACAACCCGGGAUGCCCUUCAGAGCUUGUCUGAUCUCAACAUCUCCCCAACAGAAGGUGAAAUAGAUCAUUCUCAGUAUCAGCAUCUUGAUGAAGCUCAUCAAAAACUCUACCAACUUGUGAGUCUUUACAAGAUCCAAGAAAAGAAAUAUGCUGGUGUGCUAAAUAAGAACAAGGACUUGCAAAGUGAGCUUGAGGUACUGAGAUCUAAAGUGAAUGAUGAAGGGGCCAAGGUAGAGCUACAGAAGGAAGUUCAAUUCAUGAAUGAUAAGAAUAGGAAACAACAAGAUACAAUAAGGGAUCUUCAAGGACAGCUCAAAGGCAUUAAUGAUAUGGUAGGAGAUGCCCAUGGCCAGCUUAACUUAACUCACGAUGAGUUGGCAGGUGUAAGCGAAGACAUUGCUCAGCUCUAUCAUCAUGUUUGCAUGGUAAAUGGGGAAGCUCCUAAUCGGAUCAUGCAAGAUCACCUUAAGGUCACCAGGCAAAGUAGGAGAGACGGUUUCCGUGCUGAGAUUGCAAGCCAACUCAAAGAAGUAUCAAAUGAACAUAGUAAAGAAAAAUCAGCGGAUGGUGUUGGCGCCAAUUCUGCUACCAGUAGUCCUUCCAAACGAUUAGAUGAACAUGCCAAAUUUAAUGGAGACACUGUUACUUGCUCAACACUGGUCACAACUGUCAGAGACCAGAUCAAGUACCUGAAGCGAUCUGUGGAACAGGCAGUUGAAAUGUCCAGGCAACAUGGCACCGAAGGUAGUGGUGCAGAGAAUGAAGAUUUGCGUGAGGAGGUUGUUAAACUUAAAGCUCUUCUCAUGACCAAACGGGAGCAAGUGGCCACUCUCAGGACUGUACUUAAAGCAAAUAAAACAACUGCAGAAGUAGCUCUUGCCAAUCUUAAGAGCAAAUAUGAACAUGAAAAAGCUAUAAUUGCAGAGACAAUGAAAAAGCUGCGGAAUGAAUUGAAAGCCCUCAAGGAGGAAGCAGCCAGUUUUGCCAGUCUCCGUGCUAUGUUUGCCAAGCGAUGUGAUGAAUACGUGACCCAACUAGAUGACAUGCAUCGUCAGCUUGCUGCUGCUGAGGAGGAGAAGAAGACGCUGAACUCACUCUUAAGGAUGGCCAUCCAACAGAAGCUUGCCCUUACACAACGUCUUGAGGAUCUAGAAUUCCAGAACGAGAUGACCAGCCAGCGAAGAGGUCCUCGAAAACACAAAUCCUCCAAAGUGAGUGAUAAUCAAAUGGCUUGGGUGACUAGUAUGGGUCUACCAAUGCCCCAUCAUCAUAUGGGGCCUAUGGGACCUCCUCUUGUUCCUCUUCCUUUUAGAUCAAUGAGACCACCGCCACCACCACCACCACCACACCAUCAACAUCUUCCUAUGAGAAUGCCUCGCUUUCCUUAUUCUAACCAACCUCAUUUCUUGUAGUGGUGAGUCCCAAGGUUUAUUCUGUCCUCCAUUCUUUUCUUCUUCUAAAUCUAUGAAAAAUUUUGAGUCAUUCUAAACAAUACCAGGCAACUUUGUCCAACUUAUUGGAUCAACCAUUAAAUCUUAUUUCUUUUAUUAAAUUUCUGUAUUUCAGAUGGUGAUGUCUGAUAUCCAUUAAUAUUUUCUCAAAAUGAAAACUACUCCAUUUUGAAAUCAUUCUACAAUGAAUGGCACAAUGAAUCUGAUUGUCAAAGCAUGACUCCAAGUUUUAUCAUGGUUACUUUUACUUUACAGAUUUUUUUUUUUAAACCAAUGGACAUGUAUCAAAUUCUAAACAUAUAAUGAUGCAGCUAAUUCACAGAUAAAAAUAGUUAUUCAUUUCAUUUCACAUUCACAUAAAUCAAGGUAUAAUACCAGGUUUUACAUGUAGUUCUACUAACACAAGCAUGUAUUAAAAGGUUAAUGGAAUGUACUAACACAUGAUAAAGAUUAUGUUAUAAGUGAUUGAUCCCCACUUAAUACAUAAACAUGUAGUACCCAGUGUUGUAUAUUUUUCCUUUGAAUGUAUUUAUUCCCUAAUGAAUGAUUUUUCUUAAUUGUAUCAUUAAUAUUAAUGCAUGGCAUGUACAUUUUGCAUGUAAUAAAAGUGUUUGGUACUGGAUGAAUCAUUCAAUCAAAACAAUAUUAUGACAAUUUGUUGGCUUAAAAUAUGUCUUUUUUAUUGAUAAAAAUGGUAUUUAAAUAAGAAUACUUUAUCAUCUUUAUCACAUUGAAUUACUCCACACCCACAUGUUUCCUUCCCCUAGAAAAGAAAAAAAAGGGGGGGGGGGUCACUACUAGCUCUUUUACAUGUAUGAGUAUAAAUGGUUGAAAAUAGAGCAGUGAAUAUUAUCUGGAACUAAAAUUAAUUUUCAUUUUUUCUUUGAUAAGGUGUAGCUGAAAUAAUUUUUUUGGAUGGGGUAUAUUUACCAGUUCAGUUCUAUGCUACUUUGUUAGCUGGUGCUCGAUAGAUUUUUUUUCAUGGUCCAAAAUCAAUACACAAUAUGAUAUGACCAUUGCAGUGAUUUAUUUUAUUCUGCACAUACAGCACAAAUGACAAAUUUGCAACUUAAUUCACACUUAACUUUUUUAAUGAAACAACUUCCUUAUCAAGCUUGUCUGAUGUUACAUGUAGACAUGCUAUGCUAAAUAGAACCUUGUGAGGAUUAGCAUUGAUUAUAAUGUUUGAUGUAGCAAACAAUCUAUGUGAUAUGUGCUUUAGGGACCGCCAUGCCAAAAUUUAAUGUCUGUGUUGCUCGAGAGCAUGAAUGGUCAGGUCAGGGAAGCAAUAAGUCCAUUAAAAGUGUCUUAAAAACAAAAUUAAAUUAGCACUACUAAUUCCAUGUGCUUGAUCGAUAAACUUCAUGUCUUAAAUAGGAUGCAUACAAAAUUUCAAAUUUCUUCUUACCCAGUAUAUUUUAAUUGCUCAAGCACAUAAAUUUUCCAUUUGUAAUAAUGACGAUGAUAAGACUGCUUUUAUGUACAUGUAGCCUUAAUUUAUUGGGAUGACUGCUCUAAUAACAACAUGGUUAGCAACUAUUUUAAUGGUACAUAUUAUUUUUGUAAUAACACAAGCAUUACCAGAGCCCCAUUGGCAUACAGUAGUUUAUAUGAAUUAUCAAAUUAGAAAUAAUGAAAACCACAACUAUCGUAGAAGGGUAAUAAGAUGGUGAAGAAAUUUAGAAAGAAGCAUUCCCUCGGGAUAAAAGACCUGGUCACAUGAUAUCUGUAAUCCAAUUACAUGUAGAUGUAGAAUUCAUUAACUCUGGAUUUAAUCCGUUAUGGAAUACAAUAAUGCAGUUUGGUGUGCAUCAGUGUGUCUUUGAAAAUCAGAGUGUAUUAUUUAGGUGCACAGAUCCAUAGUGUGUGUAUUUUUCAAAUUUAUCAGAUUUAAAUAGAUAAUUGGUUUUAGUCGAUGAAUGACCUUUGUGUUGCUUGUAAGUUGAUGAGGUGACAAAGCUUGACUGAAGGAGGAGGAGGAGUCUGGACAUCAACCAUGCACCUGCCUUCAGAUCUACAUGUACAUGAUUUAUCUUGAUUUCAUGGUGUUUGUAAGUCAGAGAGCUCUACCAUAAAAUGGACCUGAGGACUGCAGUGAUGAUGUAAAAGGCAACCACAUUUUCCAAGUUAAAUUGUUUUAUUUUGUAGACGGACAAAUAUGAAGCAUAUUUGAGAGAUAAUCCAUUGUGGUUUGCACAGUACUGAUUCAAGAUGAGAUGUUGUCUCGGUACCUUCGUUUAAGAGAGGUCUAGGUUCAACCCAGAACUCAAAGUAAAUGUCUAUUCUCUGACAGAUUUUUUAGAUGAAUUAUGAUUCAAACAUAUUAUACUGAUACUGAGUUGAAUAUUAAUAAAUUCAAUAUAUGAAGGGUUUAAAUAAUCUUUUCAUUUGACAACUGAUUGUAUCAACACUUUAGCCAUACCCUCAAGAUAUUACUUUUAAAUAUCUUGUCUUUGAAGUAUCCUAUAAAUGAAACUGAUAUUGGACAAGAUAAGAUUUUGUUCUUAAAAUGAUGAAUCUCACAAAAUGUCUAGUAGUAGUAGUAUACAUCGCUUUGUGCAUUUCAUGCACAUGUAUAUCAAGAUUUGAGUGGGAAAUAUCUCAAAGCUCUAGUGAUUGCUUAGUUUGACAUAAGUCAGAUUACACUAGAAAUCAAAAUUAUCAUCAAUGAUGCAUACCUUAGUACCUCACUUACAAUUUACAUGUAUGUGUAUGCUGAUCAAUAAAAUUCAAAUAAUAAUUUUACUUUGAUUUUCACUUCAUUUCAUUGAGAGAUUUAAAGUCACAUUGGUUUUAAAGAUACAUCUAUUAUGUUGAUUAUAAAUUACUAAGGCAGAGCUGUGUAGUAAAAAGCAUGGUUCAUAUACAUACGUAUUUCAUUAUAUUGAUUGUAUUUGUUGAUUGAAUGGCAUGAUGCAUGAUGAAAUAUUCAUUUUUACUGGUCACUAUUAAGUUUGCAUUCAAUUUCUGUUGAACUUAUGAUAUGAGUUUGACCAUUCUGCUUGUGUUGUGGCAUGUAUUGUCACCACAGUGAUAUAAGCCUGUUCUUUUUUUUAAUGAAUGAUCAUAUUAAGAAGAUAAUGGGAGCUUUUGCAAAUAAGGAUAUAUGUGGGUAGCCAAUUCAGAGUCAAUCUGCGCAUGUGUAAUCUUCAAUUUCACUCUGUUGUCUUGUAUACAAUGGUCCUCUAAUGGUUUUGUGUCACAUGGAUAACCAUUCCAGUGCACCUUUGAUAUUAAAUGGCAACUUCAGCCACAACUACACAUACAGUACUUUGUAUACUGGUGCUGUAUGUUUCCAAUUUACAUGCUCAUUAAUGUGAUUACAUAGAAACAAUCAUAUUAUGCCACUUUUAUUGAUUCACCCUCAUAAAAAAAGGAAAACCAGGCAAUAAAAGUUGUUUCAUUGUUUCUUGUCUGUUUAACAAGUGUAACAAGGAAAUAAUAUGGACUAUCGUUAUAUUAACCGCUAGUGAGAAAGCACACAAGAUGUAUUUUUGAUUAGACUGCAUGCACACUGCACUAAAUGCAUUUGAGAACUCAUGCAAGAG